AUGGCGACCCCUCCUAAGCCUGAUGCCCCGCCGGGGGCCUCAUCAACUCCCCCGCCGCCACCCAUUGAAUAUGUCUACAUGUAUGAGAAGGACAAGAGUCCUUCCAAGCUAUUAGAUGCGCUGCUGAGAGCCAUCGUUCGACAUAUUAUCCUAAACAUUGGCGACAAGACAGAAUGCCAUCUCACACCAAGCAAGCUCGCUGCCUUCUACAAGGCUGUGGGUGGCGAUUACGACUCGCUGUUCGUCGAAAUGCCACAUGAAUCCAUCUCCUACAUUUGGCAGGUUACCGGCUGUCAACAUACUCUACAACCUACCGAUGACGAUUUCGAGCCACCUUCGAUCCCUGCACUCACAUCUAGAGGUUUCUCUCGAUGGGAAUCCCUCGAAAUCCUUCUCGGCCCAGAGGAGCACGUUCCUUUCUUGCAGUUUGCUGUCAAGAACUGGCACCUAAAACAUCCCGAGACUGGCCAAGAGUUCCCUCCCGAUCUUCCCAAGGAGGUUUUCCCUGCACAGGCUGACGCCGAAGUGGAUCACUGGCACAAGUCGUGUGCUGAGAAGUUAAGAAAGGAGGCUCAAGUCCGGGAAAAGGAAGCUUCUCGGGGAUCUGCGCGCGAAGUCCCUCGAAAGGCUCCUGGCUCUUGCCCUGAGCCAGAUGAGACACCUGAGCCCAAAUUCGCCUAUACUCAUGUCCCAGGGAACGCGUUUGCAGGCCAGCCGAGAAGACCACCUGAGCCUGCGUAUGACCGACCAUUGUACAACCACGUCCCUGGCAGACAUGGGAGUGGGCGAGCAGGACGACCAUCACCUGGGAGAUAUGACAGCAAUUUUGAUGAGCAUGCCCGGAGACGAAGCUUCUCCGAUUACAACAACCCGCCGCCACAUGCUGAGCCUCCUUAUUCGCAUGGAGGAGGAGCUUAUCUUGAUCCAAAUGCGAAGCGGCCCGUACCGCCUCGCCGACACAGUCAGCCGAGACACUACUCAUCCGAAUCGACCGAUGAGGAUGAGCCGGCUCCGCCUCGCAUGAAGCGAAGAAACAACCCGAGCCCGCCUUCGCCAGGAUCUCGUCGGUACUCUCCCCCAUCCGGUCCGCCGCCGCCCGCUGCCAGUAACCCGCCUACGUCGUUCCGCCCUCAUCGGCCGGAUAUAAGACCUGAUGAACCCAUUCGGCGACGAUCUACAGCCAAUACCAGCAGCAUUCGAGAGAAGCUAUCAGAAAAGGUGUCCAACAUGCUACCUAACGGAUUGACGGGGUCGGACCGAACCCGCAACUCACCGAGGGCCGGUGCGUACCACACCGACUCACAACGCGCCCGAAGAAGCCGAGACCGGAUUCCUCCAACUCGCCUCAGCCGGAGCUACUCCGACCUCUCUGGAGCUUCGUCCGAAGGCGAGUCGAGUGAUGAGGAGUACCAUCGAUCAAGGAGGAUGCGAGAUGAGAGGGAACGGGAUCGAGACCGAGAUCGCAUUCGAGAGCGGGACAGGGGUCGGCAGCGAGAGCUAGAGCGAGAACGGGAAAGGGAGGACGAACGCCGUGAGAGAUAUCUUCGACGACCGGACGUGGAGCGGCGAACUAGCAGCCAUGCCGAUGCAGAUCGGCGACGAGACUAUCCCGCAUGGGACUCACGUAAUGAAAGAAAGAGAUGGGACAAGCGAGUGCCGCCAGAGGAACGAGGUGGAAGCCCUGGAGGAAUGGGCAGACGGUAUCCUGAGGCCGCUUACCCCUGA